AUGCGUUCCACACUUUUUGAUUACGAUGGGCCACAUAACUUAAAAAUAGAUAAACGAAUAGAAGUCCAAAAAGCGGAUAAAGAAACUUUCUGCGAAUACUUGGACGACAGACAAUGGCGAUUGUUGACUAUAUUGAAGCAUUCGAGGAAACAAUACCUUCCACCACCAAUGGUUACCUAUAGACCUAAACAUGUAUCAUACGAUACAAAUGUGUUCAGUGAAUAUUCAUUAACGACAAGUGAUAAAGUGGGAUACAGUAAUUUAUUGUCUGAUAAGCAACCGAUACCUGUCAACGCUCUUCAUGGACAAAAGUUGAAAUUGAAAAGUAAUAAACUAGCGUAUCAACGGGUCUACUAUAAACAAUUGAAAUCAACAAAAGAACGCGGAUCAUACAAUCUUGAAACUAUACCGUACAUCAAUGAAUGCGGAAGGCUAUCUAUGUUUCCUUUGAAAAGCAUAGAAGGAAAAUGGGGCCAUAGACCCAGCAUUCGUCCUCAAGAAUGUUUUGGCUCUCUUAUCAAGUUUUAUCGUCGCAUGGUAAAACGGGCCCAAAUGAAAGAUGUCUUACACCUAAUAGUGCGUUGUUGGCAGAUUCAUUAUAAGGAUACGCUUACAUCUUCAAAAGUUUCGGAAGAAUCUAAGUUACCAAGACCAAUACCGAAAUUUAAGUUCUAUCGGUAUAAUAUGGGUGACAAUAUUCCUACAAAUCCUCCAUUGGAAAAAGCAUGGACGCCAGUUAACUAUAUUCCGCUUAAAAAAAUCAAUUAUAAACAUUUCAAUUGCCUAGGUAUAAAAUUCCAUUCGAAUGAUUAUUUAAUACGCCGGAUGUUUGAAGACACAAGGACAUCAUCUUUUGAUGAGAUGGAGGAAUACUGUUUUGAAAUAUUAACUAAAUUCCACCAUAGUGAUAUGCUGAAUGAGGUAACAGAUUAUAUCGACAAUUUGAGAAUUAGUGAAGCUGAAGAGCAAAGUGAAACAGAGGAAAUGGUUACAGAAGAGGAAAUUUUAGAAGAAAGCGAAAUUGGAUCCGAAGAAGAUUUCGGAUACAUUUGUUCUGAACAAUCAUGUGUCCAAGGUUCAGAUGCUAUUCGUCAAUCUUCAGAAGAUGAUUUAAUUAUUUUUAACGAUGAUCAACUAUUGCCAGGGUUUUCUAAAGAUUCUGCGAGAGCACUUCGUUCGAUGACUAGUCGCUCCCUUGACAGCGUCAUUACCUUCAUGGAAAGAGAAGAACAAGAAUUGAAAUAUACCAAUUACAAUACAUACUUUUAUAAUCAAAAUCACGUUGUUGAUAGCGAGUCAAUAAUAGAGCGAAGGCAAAGAAAAGAAAAGGUUGACAUAGCAGCGGUUGACACAGCAGAAUGCCUUUCGGAUUGUAUAUAUUCUACCAAUAAGGAUUUAUCUUUACACUCAUCAGAGAUUUCUUAUCACGGCGUUCCAUUAGUUGAGAAGAUGUGCAAAAUGGAUUUACCUGACAAUGUAAUUGUACCUAUUUACAAAGUAGCAGAUCAUGACUUCAAACAAUUCAAAAUAUGGCCCAUUGGAUGGUAUUCAGGAUGGAUCACUUUAGUUAAUAAAUGGAUUUGUAGACGAGCUGCCUUGGCUGUUAUGUCACCACGUUGUGUUACAUCGUUACCUGCGUAUGAUUACGUUUCUCGAACUUACCUCAUUACACGCUUAGCUUUCGGCGAUCCUCAUGUUUUAUUCCAUCCGGGUUUCAAAUUCUAUGGUCUUAACAACCCAUCAUCUUAUGACAAGUUGGCAGCAUUUGAUGAAAGCGAUGAGGAAAUUUCUAAUGACAAUAAUCAAGAGUCUAUAGAAAAAACUCCACUUUCUCCUGGUCAAUCUGUCAUAGAAGUUGAUAAAAAAUCGGGUUCGGAGUGGUCGUUAGACGUUUUUUUUAAAAGAAGUUCAAAGAAACCAAGUGAGUUAUCAUUGGAUGUACACAGUCAGGUAACGACACCAUAUCCUGAAGAAAGAAAGGGCCGUUUUAUUGACGUUUCUGACAAAUACGAUAAGAUCAAAAAUUCUGAUAAAACGGAGGGCACAAUAGAAGACAAACGGACAUGGAAAAUAUUUAAAGAAAAAUUGUGUAAGAAGGAAAAAGAGGCUAUGUACAGUUCUAAGAAGGCCGUUUCGAUGACCAUCGACUGUGAUAUAGAAGAAGAUUCGGAAUAUGAAAUUUUAAAAGAUGCCAUAAAGCGUCGUGCUAUCCACAAAGAUAUUUUCGGAAGGGAGGCUGACAAUCUUCAAGAUAUUCUCGGAAACCAACAUUACUACAGUCAAGAUGAUUUUAUUUCUGAUAUAACAUACCAUAAUCAAUUUAGUUAUGAUGAUUCAUUACAAGACAAUAGUCAGUUAGAUGAAUUCAAUAAUGAAAAAAGUCCUUCUUCGUCUACUGAAAGCUUUAUACUGAGGCGACAAGAUCGGGCAAUACCAACUAAAAAACUCAAACCUAUUGGUAUGACAAAUAAUGAAGAAUUCUAUUAUACUGAGCUCGAGGAUAUAGAUGGUGAUGAAAAUUUGAUAUCCUUCCAAUCUUUCAUUCAAAGAUUGACAAUUAAAAAAUUUCAAAAACACGAUUAUGAUCACUUCUACGUUAAAGGAUGCGUGAGUUUCUGA